CUCUCCUCCCUCCCCCCUCCUCCGCCACUCACUCCCACCCCCCGCGUCGCUCUUCGCCAUGGCCAACGACAUCCUGAAGAAGAGGAAGAUUGCCGUCCUUGGUUCCCGCUCCGUCGGCAAGUCCUCGCUCGUUAUUCAGUUCAUCCAGAACCACUUCGUCGAGUCCUACUACCCCACCAUCGAGUCCGUCUUCAACAAGACCGUCUCAUACAACGGCGCGGACUACGACUGUGACAUCAUCGACACCGCUGGCCAGGACGAGUACACAAUUCUGAACUCCAAGCACGCGAUAGGCAUACACGGCUAUGUCCUCGUCUACUCCGUCACGAACCGCAAGUCAUUCGACAUGGUCCGCAUCGUGUACGACAAGAUCAUCAACUUCUGCGGCAUGAACUCCAUUCCCUGUGUAAUCGUAGGCUCCAAAAUCGACCUGCCGAACCGGCAAGUCGAGGACGACGAUGCCAAGGCUCUUGCAAAGGAGCUGGACGCGGCGUUUGUCGAAACCUCCGCGAAAAACAAUACCAACGUCUCGAAAGUAUUCGAGCUUUGUCUCGCACAGAUUGAGAAGCGGCAGCCAAAUAACAAGCAGGAGCCACCAGCCAGCAAGUGCAUCAUUAUGUGAACCCGCUCGCAUGGAUCCCUGCCCGCCCGUCCGUCCCGAAAGCACUCAAGCCCGCAGCACCCAUAGAAACCGCCCCGCAUCGCCCGCACAUACACCUCCUUAAUGGUCUGUAUCUCCUCUCCUCGGACUUUCGUGCAUUCUCCGGCACCGUCACUUUUCUCCUCAUUUGGGUCUCCUUCGCCCUCUCGUCCUCCCGUGCCCCCCACUUGACCUCCUCUUCAUCUCACACUGUGUUCCGUGCCGCAGUCUGCCCGUCUGUCCAGGUCCAGGCUGACACAUCGCUAUCUUUGGGUUGCAGUAUUCAUUCUUGUAUAUCCGGACUGCGACUGACACUCGCCUCCCUUACCCACCCCUGCCUCGUCCCCGCGCCUCGCCCUGUCCCCCCACCCUCGCAUUGUCGCCGUUCCCGCCAUCCGUGUCCGCUGUGUGUUGUGUACAGCAUGUACGAUUCCCCGUUGUUGUCUCCCGCUACCUUACUCCCACUCCCCGGGACGCGUUCCGCCGUGUACAGCGCCCCAGAAACCCGUAAUCGCCAUAAAUGCUUACUCUACGUC